CUUCAACAUUUAUUAGUGUAACAUUUAAAGUCUAGAGAUAAACUACGAACGAUUCUGUGUUUGAAACGACGGCGACUCCCAUGGGAACCUGCUAAUACGAAUAUGAGUUAAUGCGGUGACGACUAGCACCAGUGGUAUCUCAAUAUGGCAAGCCCAGCGGAAGCUCCCCUGCUGUCGCAUCAGGAGGACGAACUAGAAGAGGAAGCGCGCUCAGAUGGCGAGGAUACGAUUCCCGAAUGGCCCGCUGGUCGCCCGGGUGUUUUUAUAUGGCUCUUGACUCUGUCCGCUUGUAUUAGCGGGCUCCUGUUCGGAUAUGAUACAGGAGUAAUUUCGGCUACGUUGGUUUCGAUAGGCACCUCGCUGUCCGGGAGGAUGUUAAACUCGCUCGAUAAAUCUCUCAUCACGUCAUGCACCGCGCUAUUCGCCCUUAUCUUGUCCCCGAUCUCGUCCAUCCUUGCCGAUUACUUUGGUCGAAAACCCGUUAUACUACUGUCGGAUCUGCUCUUUGUAAUCGGAGCCGUGGUUCAGUCUAUGAGCUAUACUGUGUCGGGUAUGGUCAUUGGACGAUCGAUAGUCGGAGCCGCCGUGGGUGCCGCGAGCUUUGUAACACCGUUAUACAUUGCUGAACUAGCUCCGCCGGCUUACCGUGGUAUGCUCGUAACGAUGAACGUGCUAUCGAUCACUGCUGGACAAGUCGUAGCUUACGUUAUCGGAUGGAUGUUUGCCGAGCAUGGCGAUCCCUCUACGGGAUGGAGAUGGAUGGUCGGCUUAGGGGCUCUGCCAGCUGCACUGCAAUGUCUUCUUCUGUUAUUCAUGCCCGAUACUCCCCGCUGGCUCGUAAAAGUAGGGAAAUCUGCAGAUGCUCGGCGCGUCAUCGAAAAGACGCUAGGAUACGACCCAGCUUCUCGACGAUUAAUUGAUAGUGUUGUGAAAGAUAUUGAGAUGGAACUCAGGGAAGAGCAGGGGAAUAUAGCAUUGGCCAAUAAUGGAGGCAGGAAUAGUAGCACAUGGCUUAAGGGAUGGAAUGAGCUUCUCAGCGUGCCAAAAAACCGACGAGCGCUGGUUAUCGCCUGCUUACUUCAGGGGUUACAACAGCUUUGCGGUUUUAACUCGUUAAUGUAUUUCUCUGCCACAAUUUUCACCAUGUUGGGAUUCUCGGUUCCGACGCUCACAUCGCUGACAGUCGCCGCCACAAAUUUCGGUUUUACAGUAUUUGCACUACUUUCAAUCGACCGCAUCGGCCGUAGGCGGAUCUUGCUGUACUCAUUACCUUUCAUGGUAAUCGGCCUUUUCCUGUCAGCAUUUGGUUUCAGCUUGCUUAAACUACCGUCUGGCGAUGCCAAUGUCGGUGGCGGUGCACCUGUUACCGACGCCGCCUCAAUAUCCUCGCGAGGCGCUGCCAUUGUUAUUCUAGUAAGUAUCAUGACGUACGUUGCGGCUUACGCUCUCGGACUUGGCAAUGUGCCAUGGAUGCAAAGCGAGCUCUUCCCGCUUAACGUACGUUCACUUGGCAGUGGACUAGCGACAGCUACGAACUGGUUGGCUAAUUUUAUCGUUGGGUUGACAUUCUUGCCAUUGGUACGUACUUAAUAUCCAGACAGCUGAAAUACUACCUUUUUUAUUGAAGUUGAACCUAUUAACACAUCUUAUAGAUGGACCUAUUAACCCCUUCGUUUACGUUCGGUUUAUACGGCGUCGUUUGCGCUGUUGGCUGGUAUGCUGUCUGGAAGAUAUAUCCGGAAACGGCGGGAUUGACUCUCGAAGAAGCCACUAGUUUGUUAGAAAACGGCUGGGGCGUAAAAUAACCGCGGUCUGUAGUUUUUUCGUACCGAAAGGGCGCAGAAACUUUUAAUGGUUACGUUCUCGUCGGAAAAGCGAUUUCGGUGUAACGCGGCUACGCAAAUGACCGAUCCUAUGCACGAAAUAGGAUAACGCAAGCUUAUGUACGCCGUGCGUCCCGUCAUCGUGGUAAAGUUAAGGUUGCAGGUGCUGCUAGUUAUCUAUUAAUGUACAACCGCAGUCAGCUUUAAACUUACGCUCCACCUAACGUUAGGCCGUACGGUGGCUUAUCACCGCUAACACCGUCUCCGAGUCACCGUCCGAAUCGGCACGGCCAUAGGGAAAAGAUGUCGUUCGAACCGGGUUCACAAGCAAACCGAUCCAUUGCAUAAUUGGUCUGACAAAUCCAAUUGGGUGGAUUGUCCCAA